AUGAUUGAAUGUGGAUAUGUAGGAAGGAACAGUGAUGAAGGUAUAUUUCAUGCUUCAGCAAUUAAAUAUUGGUUGACGCACAGUGGACUUGAUAUUCCGUCACCUACUCGUCUUCCGAAUGAUUUAAAUGAGUUUCUUUGUUCUUUUUACUUGGUUGAAGAUGAAGCGUUUCCAUUAACCCCUUAUUUAAUAAGACCAUAUUCAAAAAGAAUUCAUGAUAAUACAAAAAAUAAUUUUCAAUUAUCGCUUAAGUCGUGGUCGAAAACUAUAGAGUGCGCAUUUGGAAUGAUGUGCGAGAAAUUGCAGGUACUAAAUAGUCCAAUACGUUGCCGAGAUGUAGAGAAAAUUAAUUGCAUAUUAAAAAGUGUUUGUGUUUUUCAUAAUUUCGUUAGAAAAAGAGAAGGUAUACAAUACCGCACUUCACAACAUGAAGAAUGUGUCGCAGUUUUACCUUUACAAAACGAUAAUAUGCCAAAUAUCGAAAUAAAUAUUCGAUCUUCCGCAAAUGAUAUAAGAAAUUAUUUAGCAGCCUACUUUAUUACCCCUCCCUCAAGCAUCUCUUCCUUGGCAGUGGAAAUAUUGUAUUUGAUAUUGUAUACCUAA